AUGGCCAUUCUCCGUGGGACGAAGAAGAAGAAGAAGAAGCGCAGGAGGAAGGAGAGCUUCAGCAUCUACAUCUACAAAGUCCUGAAGCAGGUACAUCCGGACGCGCGCGUUUCCAGCAAGGCCAUGUCCAUCAUGAACAGGUUCGUGAACGACAUCUUCGAGCGCAUCGCUGCCGAGUCCUCGCGCCUGGCGCACUACAACGUGCGGUCGACCAUCACCAGUCGGGGGAUACAGACCGCCGUGCGCCUGCUGCUGCCCGGCGAGCUGGCCAAGCACGCCGUGUCCGAAGGUACCAAGGCCGUCACCAAGUACACGAGCUUCAAGUAA